AUGUUUGGUAGGAGGGAACCAGAGCUCAGCAUGAUUAUUCACAAGGUUAUUUCAAAUAUUUAUGAUUGUUACCAUGGGCUGAUUCAUAAUCUAAAUCUAGCAUGGUUAGACCCACAGACAUUUUCACAAGUCAUUUAUGCUGCAGGUGCACCAUUGAGCAAUUGCUGGGGAUUCGUUGAUGGCACAGCAAGGCCAAUUGCAAGACCUAUUUAUAAUCAAAGGAUUAUGUACUCUGGACACAAAAGAGUGCAUUGUAUUAAGUUUCAGUCAGUAGUGUGACCAAAUGGCAUGAUUUGCCAUCUUUUUGGGCCAAUAGAAGGGAGACGACAUGA